AUGACAAGCAUGGCAUGGCUCGGAAGCAGAACAACACAUAAGCUACUAGUAAGCUAGGUACCUGUACCUAAUCCGCAAGAUGCCAGCUGUGCAGCUAUUCGCAACAUCAGCAUCCCAAAGCAAUACAGACUCGACAACCCCAAACCCGCUUCCGCCGAUUCUCCAUACCCCAUCUGGCCUCGCCAUAGUUGAGAUUCAAGGCACGAUCUAUGGCCCCUUUCAACAAUCAUUGGAGGAACAACGCGAAAGCUAUGAGUCUAAUAUCAACAAUGUCAAUGUCACCAAGACAACAUCGAUUGGCCGACUUGAAUUCCCACUUUACAAUCCACAAGAUGACCCAGGGAACGGCGACGGCAAAUGGAUGAAAAAGGUCUACCUUUACGUCGGCAAGCAUCAGCGACUCACUGGCGAAAUCAAGAAAUUGGCGAAACCGCUUGCUGUGAUUAAGAAAGCAACAAGCGAAGAUGGACUUGUCAACGACGAUGUGAAUUCUUCUUCUUCUCCCCGGCGAUCACUGUCAUCUGCCGAGGACUUGGAGAUUGUCGAUAUCGUCAAGUACAAGUUGCUCUUUAGUGCGAGACCGGAACCUGUGGGAGAAUGAAACAGCUGCAUGGGUUGUGACAUGACGCAACGACAGGUUGACUUGGUCAAGAGACUAUGGAUUGCACUGCAAGCUCAAGCCACAUCCGCCAGAGGUGCUGGACCAGGAGACUCCAUAGUGCCUCACCAUCCUCCUGAAUCCAAUCCGCCGUACAGGCCAGACAAAGCACAGAAGUUGAAUCACCCAGGAUUUUGCCGAGGGAUGGUGGCGAUUCAGCAGACUCUGUUCUUGAGAUCAAGGGGCACGGCAACUAAAGCUAAUCAAGCGACCGCUAAGCGACCGCUUUGCCAAUAGCGUGCGAUAUCAUGCUCGAAUGAAGAGCCAUUACUGACUCUGGUUCUCGUGUAGAUGCGGUCAAUCAUUUCCGUUGACAGCCAGGCUUGCUGAGUGCAGAUGCGGUGGAAGAUGAGCCGGAGGCCAGAUCAACGGUUCUGAUACCUUUGGCCCGUCUUUUUGGUACGACUCCUUGUCAAAGAGGGUGUCUCGAGGGAUGCAUCCGAGUACGCAAGAACCGAUUGCGCAACGCUGGAGAGGGUCGCUGCUCAGUCGCGGGACUCGAACACCUGGGGGCACAACAAGGAAAGCGAAGCGGCGUUUGGAAGGGUCUUUUGCCCCCAGGAGAUGGGCGAUCCAGCUCACCAUACUCGUUCCCGGUCGGCCACAUCGGCGGAGACCGAACGGCCCAAUGCAUGAAUUUAGGCUGAGACUCGUGAUACCUGUAUUUUGCGAUGGCGCGCAGAGACCUCAGAGUUGGGGGUGCCGCAGGUUGGGGGUCUUGGAGCUCUAUGGUGUUAGAGAUGGCUUGCUGACGGGACUACUAUACAGCUACAUGUAUUGGUCACAGCUUGACCUCAUUGGCGGACGUGAGGUAGUACAGUAGAGCUAGAUCGGGUACAGAGUGAACCCCCUUUUGGCCCAUCCUGACCUGACAUCUCUGAUCAAGGACUCAAUGCUCUCACCGGGUUGAAGUCAAUGAUGUGAAACUUUAACACCGCCUUCCAGGCCAUUAUGACGAACGACAGGUCGAGCCUUUGAUACCCGUUGACUUUGAAUCAAUG